GGUAGAAGUAGAGUGCGUGCACCUUUCAAGCGAACGCUGCUAGCUCCCAGGAGCGCGCUCGAGAACCCACACUACGUCGACGAAAGAGAGAGCGAGAGAGCGAGAGAUGACGGAGGCGGCAGCAGCGGUGCCGACAGUGGUGGAGCUGUUCAGCACAUCGAUUCUAAGCAACCACAAGGUCCGGCACCGGCACGAGCGUUUCGUGUCCGUGCUCCAGAUCAAAAAGGUCCCCUUCAUCUACCACGACCUCGCCUCAGACGAAGCAGCCAAGAGCCGAUGGCGGCGAAAGGCAAAGGACCCACAGAUCCCCGGCGUGCUCGUCCACAAUGAAUGGAGGGGCACCUUUGAGGAGUUCGAAGAGGCCGUCGAAUUUGGUGAGCUCGACCUCUUUCUAAAUAUCGAUGUCGAACGUGCCAAGAGGGAGGCUGCUUCGGGACUGGCUGUAGGGCCGGCCGUGGCCGAUGGGAAGAAGGAGGAAGAGAAGCAGACGGAAGGGUCGGCAGUGACACGGGCCCCUAGGGAUGAGAGUAUUCGGAAGACAUCGACGACGACGACAAGCACUCCUGUGCAAGGAGCGCCUAGGCUGGCUGGCCCAAUCGCGCCCAGCGCAGGGGCAGCAGGUCCCUCGAUUCCGCUCGCGCCGGCUGGCUCGGGAGAGAGGAAGGAGGCCGAUGCUGAGCGUUUCUUGGCCAGCCUCGGCAUCGACGACCUGGAUCUGACCGAAGAGGAGAUCAGUGAGAUCCUCGAAGCUGGCAAGGAGAACAACAGCGACAUCUCCAAGCCCACCGAGGAAUCGAGUCAGGAGAAGGCCGCCGAGGAAAAGUCGCAAAAGUAUCCUGGUACGCUAGGCCUGGGAAACUCAAAGGGUGGUCCGGUGGUGCCGAGAACGUACAUCCCCUCUGCAGAGGCCGGUACUAAACCUCUCCGACUGGCAAAGAUGGGCGGUGGCGGUGGCGGUGACAGGCGCGCGCCCUCGGUCACCUCGCCCAGGCAGAGGAUCGAGUCUGAAGGGAGCAAGGGCUCGCCGGUCCAUGCCAGGUACAAUCCGGCCUCGACGUCGUCCAAGGCGCUGGCAGCCGAGGCACAGGCUUCGGUGACCUCCAGGGCCUUUUCGUCGCAGAGGCUCAGGGAAGCUGUCUCGAGGGGCGAUGACCUCAAGGCAGCCAUGUCGACGACGAGGACUGCGUCUGGCACCGACGCAAAGGAGACAGUCGUCGGACGAGAGGAUCUCGACUCACUCAUGGCCAGUCUUGGCCUGGGAGACAACAUUAAGAUGACCGACGAAGAGGCAGAGGCCUUUUUGCUCGACGGCACCGUGCCCCUGGGCUUGGGAACCGGGGGCGACCGGCUCAUGAGGGCCGGUAGCGUGGCAGACAAGGCCCGGAGCGAAGCGGCGGCGCGAGACGUCGCCAGGAGAGCAAAGGAGAAGGGCUAUGGCAGCCAGAGGCAGAGCCGUGCCUCGCUGAUAUCACUCGAUGUCGAGGAUACAUCACCGGGAGAGCAGAACGAGGCGACAGGAGACAGCUCCAUCGUUGUCAAGGAAGAGGAGGAAGCGGAGGAAGCGGAGAAAGCGGAGGAGGAGCCGCCGCUGCAGAAAGAAGUAGCCAAGGUGACGGCAGAGGACAAGGAGGAAGAAGGAGGAGGUCCGAAAGGGACGAUGAGGGAGGAUGAUACGAAAGCGAAGGAAGAGGAGGAAGAGCGUUUGAGGCUCGAGGCGGAGGCCAAGGCGGUCCAGGCUAAAGCUAAGGAAGAGGAGGAAGAGCGUUUGAGGCUCGAGGCGGAGGCCAAGGCGGUCCAGGCUAAAGCUAAGGAAGAGGAAGAGGAGGCGGAGAUAGCUAGAAUGACGAAGAAGAAGGAGGACGAGGAGGAUGCAGCAAGGAAGAGGAAGGAGGAGGAGGAAGCUAGAGUGAGGAAGGAGAAGGAGGAAGAGGAAGAGGCCGCCAGAAAAGUGCAAGAUGAAAAGGCCAAGAGAGAAGCCGAGGAAAAGGCGAGGAGAGAAGCUGAGGAAAAGGCCAAGAAAGCGGAAGAGGAAGAGGAAGGAAGGAGGGAAAGAGAAGAGAAGGAGCAAAGGGCAAGGCAGCGAGAGGAAGAGGAGAAGAGACAGGCAAGGGAAGAAGAGUCGACACCCCGUGCAGCGCUUGUAUCGCUUCCUACUGUCGACGAGUCGACUGAGCAGCCGAGCACAGCAGGUGCUUCUGACAGAGAAAGCGCCGUGCUAGCCUCGACGGCGAGCGAAGCAUCCGCUAAGCCCGCGACAGCCACCGCUGACGCCAAUGUACGAAGGUCUAUCGCCUCUUCCUCCUCUGCCUCGUCGCGCUCCUCGUCCUCUGUUGCCUCUCCUGCUGUUCCCCCUCCACUCGACAUGGAGGCCGCGGCUGCCAUCAAGCCCGUCGCUGCAAGCGCCAUUGGAGAGGAAGGAUCAGGAGACGAGCACGACAGCAAGGACGCUUCCCUCUCGCCAUCAGCAUCGUCUGUCAGGUCCCCGCCGCGAUCCCCCGGCAACGCCCUGCAGCGACAGCAACCGUCUUCUGCGAAGCUGUCACCGCAAACCAGCCGGUCGUCGUCGGCGAGCAACAAUCUUCGCCACCAGACGUCCUUUGGCGAGCGUAGUCCUGCAGAGGGGAGAAGGAGAGCAAUGGACGUGCCCCGCAGGCAGGCGUCCAAUGGAUCGAUGGGCCAGUCCCCCUCUCCACAUGCGCGAGCCGGAGAAAGCAGUUUCGACCAUGGCAACGGUCCUGCAUCGCUCAUGUCGCCGUCCAGCUCCUCGGACCGCAUGUCACAGUCGUCGCCGGUCAAGUCGCCAAAUGCCAAGAAAAAGUUUUCGAUUCCCAAGCCCUUCUCGUCGCAAAGGAACAAGGACAAGGACAAGGACAAGGACAAGACUGGACCUUCUUCGCCGAGCUCGUCUGGCGCCAUUCCGUCGGCUCGGAGCGAAAAGACGCUGAGCAUGAUUUUGCGAGAGGCAGACGAGGCCAUGAGGGAGCUCGAUGAGGGUGGACCGGGAGACGACGACGACGACUAUGCGGAUCUGCUGCGUGGUGGCGACGGCGACGAUUUCUCAGUCAACGAAUUUGCGCUCGACGACGACGACGAGGACGCUGAGGCGAAGUGAGCUGAAAGUCCUUCACUCCAGCUUUUCUAGUCCCUUCUUUGGUGGCAUUAUUUGGACUCAAUAGCAAUCAUUUGGAUGCUCGUGGAAUUGAGAGAUGAUAUGUGC